AUGAGUAGCAGCAAUCUCCAAAAAAAACACGGUCCCAAGCCAGAGAAUAAAUCAGAGCUUGCAGCUAUCACUAGGAAAAGACCAGAGUCCAAACCUUCCAGUGACCUUGAGACUUAAGAAGUUCUCCCUGUUGAGGCAUCACAGGCUGUAGACAAAGAGACUGUUUCCAAAGAUGUACCUCAGACUGGAUGGGGAUAUUGGGGCAGCUGGGGCAAGUGCUUGCUCUCUUCAGCCUCAGCUACAGUAGCUACAGUAAGACAAGGUAUUUCAAAUGUCAUUGAGAAGGCAGAGACUUCUCUUGGAAUUCCUAGUCCCAGUGAAAUUUCAACUGAAGUCCAGUAUGCAGCAGGAGAGACAAAUGCCAAUGAGAAUGCAAACUCCUCCUCAUUGAUUGAGCCAUUUGGUGUAUUUUCAACCAUCUCUACUGCUGUUCAAACCACAGGAAAGAGCGUGAUCAUUGGGGGUUUGGAUGCCUUAGAAUUCAUUGGGAAAAAGACAAUGGAUGUAAUAGCAGAAGGGGAUCCUGGAUUUAAAAGAACCAAGGGUCUGAUGAACCGGAAUUCUACAUUGUCUCAGGUUUUACGAAAGGCAAAGGAGAAAGAAGAGCUACGGACCUCCAAUGAGGUUACCUUGGAAACGGACAAGAAAACUCAUUAUGGGCUCCUUUUUGAUGAAUUUCAAGGCCUUUCGCAUCUGGAAGCUCUGGAGAUGCUUUCACGAGAAAGUGAAAUAAAGGUGAAAUCUAUUCUUAAUUCUUUAAGUGGAGAAGAACUACAGACUCUAAAACUUGAAUUGGAGCAACUCAAGGAAGCAUUUUCUCUAGCAGAGUUCUGUGAGGAAGAGGAAGAAUAGAAAAAAGAUGACGAAGACUUUACCAAAGAAAUAACAGAGCUAUUUUCCCAGCUGCAUGUCUCCUCCAAACCUGAGAAACUUACCAAGGCAAGGAAUACUGCCUACGAAUGGAUCAGUACAUCUCUGGCCAAGACAUCAGAAGAGAAGGAAGAUGGAGAGAAACAGUUGGAAACAGAAAAAAUUGAGCAAAUCAGUAAAAAUUCAAUAGAGGAUAUCCAUGCAUUUGCAAUCCGGAGCCUAGCAGAGCUGACGCUGUUUCACAAAACAGCGGCUCUGGUUCUGCAUGGCCAGAAGCAGGAAGUGACAGCCAUAGAAAGAAGCAGAACUUUUUCCCAGAUGACAAUUGUGUUGUGUAAAGAGUUGUCUUCUCUGUCUAAAGAGUUCACCACUUGCCUAACAACUGCUGGGGUCAAAGAAAAGGCAGACAUCCUUAAUCCCCUAGUCACUGCAGUAUUUCUGGAGGCAUCAAACAGUGCUUCCUAUAUGCAGGAUGCCUUUCAGCUGCUCUUACCUGUGCUAGAGAUCUCUCUCAUUGAGAACAAAACUGAAUUACCAGAGGCAUGAGCUAUAUACAGGCCCAGGAUCUUUGUCAGAACAUUGAAGAACAGAGAGGAUCCAACCCAAAACUUGUGGUGGCCAAGAAAUGCCACUCUCUUUUGGGUACCCCUGCAGAAGGGAAGGAGAAAGGAUUCUUUUAGUGUAUAAAAUUUGGGCAGGAGAGCAGGUUUAAAGGAGUUUUGUUGCCUUCAUUGCUUGGGUGAAAUAUUCAGGUCUUCACACUGCCCUUCUAAGUUGUUAGAAUUAUUAAAUUAUUUGAGAAGAAAUUUUUAUGGAAAGUUCAAGAAUAAUAGCUCUAGAUAAAGGUAAAUGGGAGACUCAGGCAAAAAUAUUGCUCUUUAUUGGACAUGAUGCAAAACACUAACAGUUUUGUUAUGGUUCUGUAUGAUUUUGCAGCCCCCUGAUAUAAUUGGUUGUGAAGCAAGAGAGAAACAAUUUAGUAUUUUAGAAGUCUUGUGCUUGAUCUGUCGAUGCCAUGACCUUUCUCCUUUCUAUAAUAAAAUUUGUGGCUUUAAGAAAACAGUA